CGUUACGUCUAUGGGAGAAAUCACAACCAUAGCCGCUAGGAUUGGUGUGGAACUUUCCCAAAUCGAUCUUGACUCAAUUCAUCUUCCUCCUGGUGAAGAUUGUGGCAUACCCAGUGAUGAUGAUGACUUAAUGGAGGAGGACCCCUUGGAGUUUGAUACUGGUUUUGGGAACAUACUGGUGGUGGACAAUCUUCCUGUGGUGCCUAAAGAGAAAUUUGAGAAGUUGGAAGGAGUAGUUCGGAAAAUUUACAACCAACUUGGUGUUAUUAAGGAGGAUGGUCUCUGGAUACCUGUUGAUCCUAAGACUCAGAAAACCCUUGGGUACUGCUUCAUCGAGUAUAAUACUCCUCAGGUACUCAAAUUUUUCUCUCCUUAGCAGCUACAAUAUAUC